GUUGACGAAAUCAAACAUUAUUCUACAUUCAAGGAUUUCAGUAGAUUGUGACAUGUUACCUAGCUAAUAUAUGCUUCCGUAUAUGCCCCAUAAACCUAUUUAUAUAGGAUCACUAGGCAUGCGUUCAUAACAAGAACUAAUUGCAUUCGCUAUUUACAAUUUGUUACAUCACAAUUCAAUAAUUAUAGUAGAGCUAGCCAGUGUCAUAUAUUUGGUUUGUUUUCCACAAUAUCUCAUCAUCCAGUAGAUCAAAGAUUAAUUUAUCAUAAAUUAUAAUUAUUUAUGUACAAAAUUAAAUUCAAAUUUUUAAUAUUUAUUUAACUUGACAAGUAAACUGAUUAUUUAACAACUUUAAAGCUGUUUACUUAUUUCCUUCCUUGAUUAGCUUUUUACUUAUCCAUAUAUAUGGAAGCUAAUUAUUAUUCCACGGAUGAAGAUGAUUCAUACAUCGAAAUUGAACUCAAUGCAUCGUCUUCGCCGUCGUCGUCGCCGUCUCCGCACAACAAUAAUGAUAAGGAUCAUGAGUUCCAUCAUCAUCAGUUGCGGAUAUCAAUUUCAUCAACAAUAUCUUUGUCCCUCCAAAAAGAUGAUGCUGCUGAUGAUAAUGAGCCUCCAUGCAUGUCAUCUCCUAUUAAUGGUGAUGAUACAACAAAUAAUAAUACUAAUACUAGUGCAUUAAUGUUCAAUAAUCCAGGGGUUGGAUUAAUAAUGGAGAGUAAUCCUCAUAAACCUGAAGCCCAAACAACAAUUCAGAGGGGAACCCAUAAUAUGGACGCUCCAUCUUCUAGGAAACAACCAAACUUCACAACAAAAACAACAAGCAAUGGAGGCAUGACGAAGUUGUUAAUAAAAUUUAGAGGUAUAAAUAUUGGGGCCAUAUUAGCAUCUCUUAUAAAGCCACUAUACCAACCCAACAACAAUAAUGGACAUAACAAGUCAUCAAGCAAAAAACAUUUUCAAUGUUAUCAAAAGAAAUUGGUCAACCCCACAAAUACUAGAAGAAGCAAUGUAAAGAAGGAUCAAGGAAUAACAAGGAGUAGCAAUAAUAAUAAUGAUUGGGAAUUUGAGGAUGAAAUCAUAUGUGGCUCAUUUAGAAGUUGUAAAAAAUCAUCAAGAAAGUUGGAGAUGGAUUUGGGAGUAAUUAGAGGUAUAUUCAAUGCCAUGGGAAUGAACAUUGCAGAUAAGAAAGGUAGUAGAUCAAAGAGGAGAUCUCAACCUAAUUCUUGUGACACUACACCAAUUCAUGAAGGAUUUUCAAAGUGCAUGGUUAAGGAGGAGUGGAGAGCUUUGGGGGAGAUUCAGUUCACAGAUAAAUUGAAGGCGCUGACAAUCCCGUUGGGAAGAUGGCAUAAGGAUAAUUUUGGUGAGAUGGACAAAAAAAUUACAAUGUUUGAGGAUGAAAUCAAGAAGAUUGAUGAUAUGAUGUCUCGGUCCCGGCAUGCGAAGGAGAUGGACAAAAACACAAGAUACUUUCACAAUAUAGCCUCAGCAAGAAGGCGGAAUAAUAGGAUUGAUACACUAGUAAUCAACGGCAGACAUGUCAGGAAUCAAGUGAGAAUCAAGCUAGCUAUCAGAGAAUUCUACAAGGAUUUAUAUCAUCAGGAAGAUUCUCCUAUGAUGGAAUUCAGAGAUGGUUUGGUGGACAACAUAGAUGAGGCAGAUGCUAGGACUUUAGAGGAGCUGCCGUCGGCUGAAGAGAUCAGAGCGGCUGUGUGGGACUGCGAGUCUUCUAAAGCCCCAGGUUAUGAUGGGUACAACAUAAAUUUCAUCAAGAGGUGCUGGUGUGAGCUUGGGCCUAAGUUCACGGCAGCAGUGAUGGAAUUCUUCCAGACAUCAAGAUUAUCAGCAGAUACCAAUAUCACUUGGGUGGCGCUAGCACCCAAGUUCGUUGGAGCAAAGAAGAUCAAAGAUUUAUGA